AAAUUGCACCGUGAGCUACAGCCAUGGCAGAUGGUAAGACGGGAGGAGCCGGGCAGUUUGCAAAGCAGGUCCAAAAGCGAUUUAGCCGAGCCCAAGAGAAGGUUUUGCAGAAACUGGGCAAGACGGUAGAAACCAAAGAUGAGCAGUUCGAGCAAAGCGCUUACGAUUUCCAGCAGCAACAGAUUGAAGGCCACAAACUCUACAAGGACCUUAAGGCUUUCCUCAGUGCUGUGAAAGUGAUGCACGAAAGUUCCAAGAAAGUGUCGGAAACCCUGCAUGAAAUUUACAAUGUGGAAUGGGAUGGACAUGGCGACUUGAAAGCCAUUGCGGAGAGCAAUGACCUCCUGUGGGAAGACUAUGAGGAAAAACUAGCCGACCAGGCGGUGAGAACCAUGGAGAACUACAUGGCUCAAUUUGGUGAAAUUAAGGAGCGAAUUGCUAAACGGGGACGGAAGCUGGUGGAUUACGACAGCGCCAGGCAUCACCUGGAGGCGCUGCAGAAUGCCAAGAAGAAGGAUGAAGCUAAGAUUGCAAAGGCUGAAGAGGAAUUCUACAAAGCUCAGGCUGUGUUUGAGGAUCUUAACAAAGAACUUCGAGAGGAGCUCCCCGUUCUUUAUAACAGCCGCAUUGCUUGCUACGUGACCAUCUUCCAGAAUAUUUCCAAUUUAAGAGACAUCUUCUAUAAGGAGAUGAGUAAGCUGAACCACGACUUGUAUGAGGUGAUGAGCAAACUGGAAAAGCAGCACUCCAGCAAGGUCUUUAUCAUUAAAGGGGUGUCCAGUAACAGGCGUUCGCUGGUCAUCUCCUCCCCGGUGAGUCGUCCUCCUGUCGUUUUCACAUCACUGGGAGAUGCUGCAGAUGGGACCCCUGCGCUGCCUCCUGACAAUUCAACGUGUCACAAGAGAGAAUCGGUUUCUUCAGCAGCAGAGGGGGAGGCCGCAUCCUCUGGUGGCAGCGAAAUCCAGGAUGAGCGGCCGGCGUCUCCUGCUGCUGUUUUGACACCCGACAAAAGAGACUCCAUGUCAGCAGCAGACGUGGAGUCCGUGUCCUCUGGUGCCAGUGAAAUCCAGGAUGAGACACCGACCUCUCCUGCUGUUCCGACGCAUGACAAGAGAGAAUCCCGGUCAGCGGCAGAGGUGGAGGCAGAGUCUUCCAGUGCCAAUGAACUCCAGGAUGAAAAUCAAACUGGGACUCGGGAUCAACCCAGGGGAGUUGAAGAUGUUGCAGCAGCUACGGCUGUGGAGAUUCUAUCUGCCGCUAUAGCGGAGGUGGUGUGCAAAGCCAAAACGUCUCCGCCGCCCCUUGAUGGUGCAUCAGCCCAGACCCAGACUCCAGAGAGCCUUGAGGCCGACGCUAGCGAACUGCAGGGGGGAAAUGAAUGCUCUGUACUCCAGGCGAGCCAUGAAAUCCCAUCUCUGCAAGCACCCCCUUCACCUGACCUGAGAGAGGAGAUGGAGCCAUCAGGAGAUACCCAACCCCCAGCUCCCCAGCAAGAAUCAAGUCAGCCAGGAAACGGGAUGCCCCUCGGUGAGGUUUCAGUUUGCCCUGAAAAUGCCACAUACCCUCCUGACAAAGAUUCUCCCCCUCCCACCCCAGUCCACGAAGUCCAUCAAGACCCAGCCAGCACCAGUGGCUCCAGUCCACCCGAAGCAGAGGAACGGGCCAAAGGCCAGAAGCAGCCACAACCCGAGACUGAGCGGACCCUUUGCCAGCCAAGCAGGGAGGCCGAAGAGGACCGGGACAGCGAGGGGAGCAUGGAAGAACUAAACAUUUCCCCAACGGUGACUGAAACGCAGAUCAUGUUUGGCUUCACCCCAGAUGGUGAAACAGGCAACAGCAGUCAUGAGCUGCCUGUGGACUUCCUCUUCAAGGCUCAAGCAAUCCAGACUCACACGUCAGAUGAUGAAAAUUAUCUGCAGUUCAGGGAAGGGGAGAUAAUUCUGGUGGUAUCCAACUCUCAGGGCCAGGAAGAAGGAUUUCUGACCGGCUUCAAAGAGAGCGACUGGAAGGUGAACCGGGAUCUCUUACAGAAGAGAGCUUUCCCCCAAGAGCUUAUCAGACCCAUCUCCUCCGAAUGAGUCCAGCGCAUCAAAGCGGCUGGGGCGGAGUAGGAGGGAAACAGGAUCUAUUUAUGUCUCUCUGAACGCAGUAACGUUGCAGUUGUAACCAGAGAGAGCUUUGCUGCGUCCAUCUGAUUCAGAGUGUCAAACUGCAACGGGGCAUGUGGGGACGGGAGAGAAAACCCAUCUCUCAAAACAAAAUGAAUGUAAGUGGGAAUUAAUGGAGCUGGCCUAGGAACAAGCUUCAGGUUGAUGAUUCCACAGGAUCUGCUGCAUGCCCCUUAGAAAAAGUACAGAAACCUGAAUCUCCCCCUGCCGUAAAUAUCAGGGAAUUUGCUGUCCCGAAUUGUUUGGCAAAACAAAUAGUGAAGCACUGGUUGAACACACUGCAGCAUAGUUGGGGGUGUUUUGUCCUUAUGCUUCAAAACCCCGGCAUUUAUGCUCAGUGAAGGCCAGGUUCCAGAGAGCACGUGGUUUGCUUUAAGCACCUGAGUAAUCCCAAUGGAAAUGUCUGCAGCCAUUCGUGUGCUUAGCUUUAAGCAUGGGCUUCCGUGCUUUGGUGAAUCAGGAUCUUCAUCCCUUAGCAGCCCCAUGAGACCCUCCAUCCAGCUCCUUCCUGCAAACCAGGUGAGCCCCUGGAAAGGCCCAGCUGCCUUGGGGAUGCUUUUCAGGUGGGGGGCUUGCUCUGACCACUCUGGCUCAGAAUCUGAAGGGGCAGGAGUUGUUGUGUGGCUCUGCUGGUCAUGGGCAGGGCAGCGCAUCGCAGAGGCUGGGGAAGACUGUCUCUCCCCAAACAGCCCGGCGUGGCCCCCUCCAUGCUCCUCCCUGGACCCUGAAGCCCUGCUUGCCCCCAGGGUCGUCCUCUUCAGGGAAGCAGCGUGCUGGGGCUAGGGCGGCCGAGACUUGGGGUGGCUGGGGGGCUCUGGGCACUGGGGCCGUGCCACCUGGUGCUCGGGGGUGGGAGACCAGAGGAGCUGGGACUGGGGUUACCCGCCCUGUGCUUGGGGGGGGACUGAGGAGGACCACACACCGCCUGUCCUGUGCUCAGGCGUGGGGGCCACGUGCCACCCACCCUGUGCUUGGAGAUUGGGGGGGGCACGCACUCGGUGCUCCAGGGCUGAGGGGGGG